AUGAAGUCCAGUGCUCCUCUUGCUUACUCGGCGUGUAGUCGUGGCGGCAUUUUGGGACCAUCGCCAACAGCAUGCUUCUCCAAGAAGUUCAAGCGCCCGCCAUCGCCGAACUAUGAUAAGUUAUGAGAAUGAUCGGUCUCUCGUGGGACUGUAGUAGACCGUCGUACGGGUAUGAUAUGCUGAUAUUGAUUCGCAAUUCGUUGCCUGAACGAAAGUCUAGAGAUGAAAGGUUUCAUUCCUCGUGCUAAUUCUAUGAGGAAACUACCUCGAUGACAUCCUCGAGGGCUAUAAGUGAAUUGUAAUGUGUACUACGUCGUCGUCUUUCUAGAAGUAUUCACAUAAUGUACAACGAAAUCUUCAUCUAAUGCCCAUUCGAGAUGUUAUUUACCAAAAAUUUCAACCAGUGCAGUUUUACUUGAACAACGACGGAGAAGGCGGUCCAUACGUCUUCGACCAGCAUUUUAAGGGGCUGCUUUGCUCACCCAAAUUCGAAGGCGUCGACCCGAUUGAAAUGUAUAAGAUGGUUAUGAACGACAAAGAAAGCCACUAGCAAGCUACGCUAAGUGAGAACGAGAUCAUUUGUGAGUGUUAUGAUUAGACAACUAGACUUUCUUCAUCUUCAGCAUCUCUUUCUUCUUCUUGUUGUCAGAUUGAUACUGGAUAGAAAAGUCAAAUGUUGACAAGAUUCUACCAAUUUCUAACCUCUUCGAACGUGAAAUGGCACAGAUAGGGCUAGCUGGACGCGUCAGGCUGAACUGUCAACCGCCCAGCCGGUUUCACAUGCUACACCGCACAGUACGGAAACGAUGGGGGAUAGAUUGCUGACAGCGCUCCUGGCGAAUGGAUUUUUGCGGAGGACUGUGUUCGAACUAAAUUCUCUUUCUCACAUUCAGUGAGGCAUAUUAUUCGGAUGAAAUCCUCAUAAGAAUGCACCAUCCAACUUCGAAUCUGAACAUUCAUGUCGUCCUUGCGAACUACUUGAGCAAGUAGACUUCUCUGCAGCGGAGAGAAAACUUCUUGAUUGGUGGAUCCGUCUUUCAUGUUGUGCUCGUCCCGUUGAUGAUGGGUGCAGCCU